AUGCUCGACCCACAAGACGAUGGUCUGAGUGACGUUCCUGACUACGACUUUGAGGAUGAAGCCUUCCCUCCUCUUCCUCCACCUUACUCCCCCGGACAGGGGGGAGGUCAGGAACAGGGAGAGCAUUUUGGCGGUGCAGAACAAGGCGAUCUCUCCAAACUGGCUGACAUUCCUGCUGUUAAACCCAAGGGAGUGAAGAGGCCUCAACCCAGACUGGACUCUGAGAGACUGACUUCACAAAGAGGACUUCCUGCUCUGCGCACACUGUUUGAUAACAUCCGGUUUAAAGGCAAAGGACAUGAGGCCGAGGACCUGCAGCUGCUGAUGCAGAAGAUGGAGAACUGGGCCCACAGACUGUUCCCCAAACUGCAGUUUGAAGAUUUCAUUGAGAAGGUGGAGAAGCUUGGCAGUAAGAAGGAAGUGCAGACUUGUCUCAAGCGAAUACGUCUGGAUAUGCCUCUGACUCAUGAGGACUUUCAGGAUAAGGACGCUGAAGCACAACCACCAGCUGAAUUACAAGCCUUCGAGGAUUUUGAUCCCUUCAGCAGUGAGAGUGCCAUUAAUGUCCACUCAACACCGGCCCCCCCAGCUCUUGCUACCCCCUCUCUCACUGAGGAGCAGCUCAAUCAGAUACAGCUAAACCGGCAGCGAGCGAUGGAGAGGAGGCUCGCCCGACAGCACCAAAUGG